AUGAUCGACAACACCUUUCUCCAGUUCGCUUAUCACGAUCCGCAAACGACGUGUGUUGUGCGUUCAACUUUAUUUUUUAUUUUUUUAGAUCCCUCCCGUCCACGGCCACAACCCCGGUGGCUCUCGUGAGCUAUUCCGCAAUUGUCGCAAUUGCCGUUGCAACUGUUAUGUCCUCAAUUGCUGUCGGGUUGGCGAUUUUCGGGAUUAUCUUUUAUGUGGUGAGUUUUGUGGGGUUUGCGCUCUGCGAUUUUGAUUUUUUCCUUUGAUUUUUUUUAUUAUUCUUGUUAGAAGUACCGAGGAUUUAUUAGCUGCGACGAGAAGAAGAGCGCCCCGGCCGAACAGCCAUAUGUUUUAUAUCCGGAAUACAGUAUGAAGGAGAAAACGGAGAGCGUCAAAGAAAAGAAAGUCGCCGAAAAGGUGGAGGAAAAGAAAGAGAAGGUGGAGGUGGGUGGCGACGGCGACUGCGCCGAGGAUUCGCUUGGGUAAGACAAAAAUCAACGUUUUUCUCAAAAAUUUCGACGACGCCUUCAGAAUUCGACUAACAAUGGAAGUACCCCGAGUGCGAUGCUCAAAUUUUCUUUCGAUUUUACACACAUGUCGGGCAUGAAUGAAAUAUCAAUUCCUGAAAGUUUUGGCUCGCGCUUUGCAAGCGCCGCCGAGAUUUGGAACGAUCUUUGCCGCCGAGAGAGCAUGCUAACCGCGGAGAGCGGUCAGAGAUAAAAAUACUUUUUAACCAUAACUUUGCUAGCUUUGUGCGGAAAAAAAUAUUUUUUGUCGAAACAUUACCUUCUAUGUUAGAAAUAGGCAUGAAAAUUUUCGUGCCGAAAUUCGGCAAAAAAUGUCAAAUUUUCACCGACUUUGGAUCUAAAAAUCUCGGUUGUUUCUGCAAAGCGCGAACCGGGAUUCUCGCAUAUAUUUUAGACAAAAAUAUUUUAAAUUUGUGCCAAGUUUCAUAGAAAUCUGAACGUCGCACUUGAGGUAUAUACUUCUUCUGUAAAAUAAAAAUUUCGGCAAAGAAAUCGGACUUUGGCCAAGAAUAAGGAUUCGUUCGAAAAUUUAAAUUAAGCAUUUUUUGCAGGGCGUUUCAAGAAAUGAAAACCUUUUGCGAAUAUCUUUGUGCUCUUUGCAUCUCUAGCCCAGAAGGAUCAUUUUCAGGUGUAAUUUGACGUUACGUUUUGCAGGAAUGUGGACGAAAAUAUGAAAACGUAUAAUCCAAUGGACAACAUGCCCGUCGAUAGUUUGGAAGGGGUCAAGUUAGUCGACGAUCCUGAGUUUGAUGGGGCGGUCCCUGAGGUAAUCAAUCAAAUAAGAACCUACGUAUAUAUUAUGAAGUUGGGCCAAGGAGGAUUCGGUGCGGUCUACAAGUACCGAGUUGGAUACAUUGGCGACGAAUUUGUGGCCGUUAAGUUUGUAAAAGCCUCGAAUGGGAAGGAACUCCGCCGCGCCAAAAGGGAAUUCAUGAAGACACGACGGAUGGAGAUGCUCUUGUGAGUUUGGCUGGAAAUAUACUUUUUUCUAGUAUACUAGCGGAGCGCGUGUUACUUUAAGCACCAAUUCAUGUCAAUAUAGCGCAUUUCCUGAACCGUUUCGAAACUUCGUGUCUUUUUCAUUGAUUUAAAAGAGAGACGAAAUGUCGGGAAAUUAUCGGCACUUUUUCUCGCCGGAAAUAAUUCCUUUUUCUCGAAAAGGAAGAAGAAAGAGAAGAAAAUGCGUUUUAUCGGUUAGUGACAUUUCGUUUUGAACGAAUCACCAAAAAGGGGCGGGAAAUUUUUUCUUCUGAUUCACGUGCAAUUUGGGUUCUUGUUGGGCACUUUUCUGUUUGAGGCGUCUGGACUUUUUCAGAGAAGGUAAAGAAGACCUCAUCGCGAGUAUCGUGGCGAUGGGCCGAAACCCGUCCACCUUGUACAUGAUCUUCCCCUUUUAUUAUCGGAACAUGAGUGUUGUUCUGAAGACGAAACUCCAGCUCCAACAAAAGUUGAACAUCAUCUACCACCUCCUGCGACCGAUUUUGCAACUCCAACAAUUGACUUACGCUCAUUUGGACGUGAAGCCGGAUAAUUACAUGCAGAAAUCUCAAUACAGGAAUACGGUGAGGAGUUGGGGUUUUUUCUUUCCUUUUUUGAUUUGUCGCACGGUGCGAAAAGGUUUUGAGACACUCAGGGUUUCAGUGACUCACAUUUUAUAGACACAGCCAAAAAUUUUACUCCAACAGUUGGGCAAAAUUUGACACCUGCGGUUUUGGGCAUGAAAAGUUACGUCUAUUGCUUCCGAGGGAGAAGGAAAUGUUUCUACAUUAUGCGAAAAAAUUGGUAGGUAUAUAAAAGUGAAGAAACAUCUCCGACUUCGGGGUUUUAAAAAAGACGCUAAAUUUGCUUGCCACUUCGCCCGAAAGCAGUUUUCUCAUUUUGCUUUCCAACAUGGGAAGCGAAUUCAUUUGGGUCAACUCUUCUCCCAAAGUACCAACUUUUCCUUUCCGAAAAAAAACAUUUUUUUUUGCAGUUGUGGUGUUGACCAUGGAGUUUUUAUGGAUACCUAAGACGGACAUUCACUAAAUUAGAUAUAUUUUAACUGGUCCGAGUUACGAUUUCUUAUGUGGUAUCUUUUUUAUUCAAUUCAGUCCUAUCGAUCUAUAAAAGCUCCGUGUUCAACAUUGUAAAGACAAAAAUAUUUUUUCUUUCAUAAACGAAGAGUUCGUACUUUGGGAGAAGAGUUGACCCAAAUGAAUUCGCUUUCCAUUUUGGAAAGCAAAAGGAGAAAACUGGUUUCGGGCCAAGUGGCAAGCAAAUUUAGCGUCUUUAUUAAAACCCCGAAAUCGGAGAUGUUUCCUCACUUUUAUAUACCUGUCAAUUUUUCGCAUAAAAUGUGGGCACGUUCCCUUCUGUUCCCUUCUCCCUGAUAAGCAAUAUUCCAUAAUUUUUCAUGCUCAAAACCGCAAGUGUCAAAUUUUGCCCAACUGUUGGACUCCUUGGCCCAUUUCGCGCACUCUCAGGAUGGCCAAGGCCUGUCAUUUUUUUGAUUUUAUCAUUUUUAGAUUAUCCUGUGCAACUUUGGACUGGCCAAACGUUUCGGUGCGGUGCGCGGUGCGGACGGCAGCCCCGACUUCAUGUCAGCGCCGUGUCAUCGACGCGAGCCCACCAGCAUGGUGGACGACAUGCAGUCGUGGCUGAUCAUGGUCGUCCUCAUCCUCUUGAACGAGUUGCCUUGGAUGAGUGUGAAUGAUUCACAAAAGGUAAGGCGGACUUUUUUAUCCGUUGCUUGGGUAAAAAUGUUUUUGACAAUUUUCCAAUUUUUUGCCGUUAGGUAAAGAAGUUUGGUGUGAAGGAAGCGCUGUUCGGUGGUCAGGUUGCAUUAAAAGAGAAGCUGGACAUGAAGAACGCAUUUUUCGAGAAAGUGAGGCGAACUUCCGACCCGCAUUUAAUUAUCUGCGAUUUGGCCGAAAUGAUUUGGAACAAGGACAGAACAAACAAGAUCUACAUGGACGAUGUGCUUACCUAUCUGGACGAGGUGGGUGAAUGAAAAAAGGUUUGACUUUUUCGAUGAAAAGUCGUUUUUAUGUGUAAAAAUGGGGCUAAGGUAGUACAACCCCCCAGUCCAGUUUAGCCCCCCAUGACCCAGACUACAACUUUACAGAGCUAUUUGACCAUUUCGAGUCGUAAUUUCCACGCAGAAAUGAAAGAGGGGACCCCAGUGAGUAAUAUUGUAAUAGUGGUUCUGCCGAUCGAAGCUUUAUUUGGGACUUAUGAAAAAGUGUCCAAAAAAGGUACUAUCAGUUCACGUAACUCUUAUAAAAAUUUUUUAACGAGCUGUCAAGGAGAAACCACCCCUAAAUCGAAACAAAUCCUGCUACUUUUACAUCCGAGAACCGUCCAAGUCGGACAACUAUAGGAUUUGUUAUCGAUUUAGGGGUGGUUUCUCCUUGACAGCUCGCUACAAAAAUUUUAUAACAAUUGUGUAAGCUGGGAGUACCCUUUUGGGCAAUUUUUGUCAUAAGUCCCAAAUAAAGCUUCGAUGGGCGGAGCCACUAUUGUAUUAUUACUCGCUAGGGUACGCUCUUUCAUUUCUGCACGGAAAUUACGACUCGAAAGAGUUAAAUAGCCCUGUAAAGUUGUAUUUUUACAUAUAAAACCGACUUUUCAUCGAAAAAGUCAAACCAUUAGUAACAAUAAAUGAAAAGCUCUUCAAAUAGAGGUACCUAAUCGUCCGGAAGGGGCUAAUGCACGGCAACCCGAAACAGAAGAAAAAUGCUUCCCGCCCACUUUUGAGUUUCGUCCAAACGAAGUGUCAAAAUUGGCAAAAGAAAUAAAAUAAUUCCGAGAAACAUAUUUUUCGGUCGCGAAAUCCCACGAAAAGUUCUUUUGCGACAUUUCGUUUGGUUUCAACCGAUACAAAAUGGGCGAAGUGUCGAAAGGAAACCCUUCGGGUUGCCGUGUAAUGCCCAACGGACAUUUUUACCACUUGAGGUUUUUUUUGACUCUCUGCAUUUUCAGCUCCAAGAAACGUACAAGUUCACAUACAAGGACUAUUGGUUUGAGAACAAAAAGCCGUACGAAAGAGUUUUCUUAAUUCCCACCGACGAUGAUACCCAAGAAUCUUCUCCGACCAAAAAAACGCCAGGAUGGAAUGGCUACCAAUGA